UCCGCACACCGACUGGAACUCCACAGGGAAUCAUCUUCAUUUUAAAGCCUAAGCUUCACGUCAUGGAACGCAGCACACCAGAAGCUGAGGCCCCUGGCGUCAGAGAUGAAGCGUCUGAUGUGGUUGGUGGUGAAGAGGUGGCAGCGGAGGAACAAGAAGUUCCUGAAAAUGUUUCACAGUAUGUGCAGCAAAACCCAGAUUCCCCAAACACACGACUGUUCUCUUUCUUGGCCCUGCUGAAGUCGUAUGUUCCUGAGUCCUACCUCCUGAUGUCUGAGUGCCAACAGAUCCUUGGACCACCUGAUCCCAUCCAUGGAGGCCCCCCCUUUGAAGAAAGAAUGGAGCCCUUUACCGACUUAAUCAGCACAUCCAAUCCACGCCCUGACCACGUAUGUAUGAUUAAGACAAAGUGUGCACAGAGAGCUGUGGAGCUACUAGCUGACUUAGGUAUUUUCAGGAGUACUACAAUGAAGAACUUUAUGAUCUCACUUUGUGGAGAUCAGGCCAAACAAGAUGUGAUCCAGUUCAUCAAAGAUUUGCUGACAAAGAGAGAAAUGGGAGAAAAAAUGGCAAAAAGCAAGUUCUCAAGGUUGAUCGAGGAUAUAAUGAAGCAUGAGAAUUUUCACAAUGCUGUCUCUGUCUUGAAAACUGCGUCAGAUAAAUUCAGAGAGAACCCCAUUUUCCCCCAAACCAUUUCCCGUCUCUAUUACAUUACAAGAGGCCACACUGACUAUGAAGCAGCUGAAGACUGGGCAAAGAAAGCCAUUAAAAGAGCUCCCAGCAAUUCUUUUGUGGCUGACACUCUUGGGCAAGUUUAUAAGAACGGUUUGCAGAGAGCCCAGCAAGAGGGUGAUAUCUUAAACAUGGCAGAAAAGGCCUUCAGAGCAUUUAGAGAUGAAGAGAGGAAAGCUGAGAAUGAAGAGGACCCAGAGCUGCAGGGCACAGCAGGUACUGACAGCUUUUCAGUUUUCUUCAACAAUCGAAGCCUUUUUGGCUUCAUUCAAGUGGCAAAGAUAGCCUUUGAGAAGAAACUGAAGGCAGAGCAACGCAGGAGUUUAAUCCGGAAAUACCAAGAUGAAGUUGGACACAAGUUUGACUUUUUUGAGUGGUACUUAACCUACUCCAAACCUGUUAAAAUCUCAGAGCCACAUUACUUCUGGAAUGAUGUUACAAGCUGUUACAACUACUACACAGAAAGAACAGCUGCUGAAUCCACCAGCUUUCCAGGCCUCCUCGACUGUCUGAAUCACGGCCUUUUCACGUCAAAGGGAAGACAUGCUGGGCUUAAGGAGGAUGAGAAAACAGUGUCUGAUUUAGAGGAAAUCCGAAAUGUUUUGAAAACCACCUAUGAGGAAAACGCUGAUGAUGUGAACAUGGCAGAGAGAUACAUCCUCUCCAACAUCAUCUUGAGCAACAAGAUGCCUGAUUCUCCUCAGCUCACCCCACUGGAAGAACUCCAAGCAAUAAUUCGCAGAUUUUUGGGCACAGAAGAGAGACGUAGAGGCCCUGAGUUUUGUCUUUUGGUUCUGCUGCUGUUUUGGCCUGAGGAACAGCCUCAAGUGGUGCAAGAAGAGAAUGAUGAAGAAGUGGAACAGAAGGCUACAGAAGAUGAUGGGUCAGAAGACAAAACUUGGGAGGAUGAGGACAGUAAUGAGGAACAAGAAACAAGAGGAGACACUGCACAGCUGCAUCAUGGCCCCAUGUUUGACCCCGACCUGCAACAGUAUGUCACAUUCAUGGAGAAAGCGUUUGACAGAGCCAAGUAUGCCAAGUACCUUCGUGGCCGUUACCUUCUGCCUCUGUUUUUCCUGGGAAAGGGCUCUGGACUGAGCAAAUGGAUUCACAAAUCAAGAUUGGAUGCAAUUGUGGAGAGAAAUGUGGAUGCUGCCCUAGAUGAUGAAAGACUGGGCUGGAUCAAUGACAUGUGGAUCAGUGGAGAAGUGUGGCAACUACCAGAAAUCCAAGAUAUGCUUCUCCCAGUCUCCCUCAUGCCACAGGAGCAUGAAGAGCAGGAAGUGAUUGUUCGUGUUGGAGAAAAGAGAAUAAAAGCUUCAGUUGAACAGGAGUCUCCAGUACGAAGCCCCAAGCUUUUCUAUCUUGGCUUCACCAUUAAGGGCCCUGUUGUCUUCCGUGUGGGAGUUUCUCACAUGUCUGGACAAUGACUGACAGUAAACACUUUGGGACUGUAAUAGAGACACAACAAUUAGUUUGACACUAUGGCAGUCCAUCCAGCAUUUACUCUGGUAUUUCAGUCUGGACCAUUGUGGUGUAGCAACAGACCACCAUGGCCAUCCCUACAGCCACGCUUAUAGUGUUAAAAAUAGUUGCUUUCAGAACAGAGAAAUAUAAAAAUAACUGCAAGGUUUCCUGAAAUACUGAGUUAAUUCUUUAUACAGUAGUAUAUGACUCAGAUGCAAAGUUAAGUCAGGUUUUAAUAGAUGGUGGUGGGGAUAUGUUUAAACUUUCCACAAAAUAUGUUUAUUUGAAUAUUAUGCAUUAUCCUUUUUUUUUUGUGAAGAUAGAUGGGUUUAUACAACAUUGGGUUUGAACAUCAUGUAUGCAUCUUUUCAUGCUUUUGAACUGGGAUAAAAUGUAUCUUAACUAGGUAGCUUUAGUUUCAAACAUUAACUAUAUCAUAGUCAUAGUCUAGGUAUAACACCAGGUGGACACCGAAAAAAUAUCCAGUUGAAAAAUGCUGGUUAAUUGGAAUUUUGUUUUAUUGAAGUACAGGUAAUAUUAGCAUUAGGUCUGAAUCUGAAUUUGUUUUGUCUUAAAAUGUUCUUAUUUUGCAUUGCUUUGGGCUUUGGAGUUUUAUUGUACGAGUUGUCGGUUGAAAUCUUGUUCCUUAAAUGUAUUACGUAUGUGUAUGUCAAACAUGAAUCACUGUUUUCUUAGAAAUAUGUUGUGAAAAUGUAAUUGAAAGUAAUGUAAGAAACUUCUUUGGGAAUAAAUUUAAACUUGCA